AUGAAUAGGAAGAGGAACUGUGAUGAUGACACAAGAGAGUUCAAAUCAAAAAAUCUUGAGGUUGAAAGGAGAAGGAGGGAGAAGCUCAGUAGGAGGCUUUUGAUGCUGCGGUCUAUAAAUCCUAUCAUCACAAAUAUGAAUAGAGGAACAAUUAUUGUAGAUGCUAUCACCUACAUUGAGAAGCUGCAAGACGAAGUCCAAAGUCUCAGCCAACAGCUUCACCAAAUGGAAACAACUUCAGAGGAAACAGCUGAGGCAAAAAUAGAUGAAGUUGAGGCUGUGGAAAAUAUGAAGAAUUGGGGGAUACAGGCAGAGGUCAGUGUGGCACAAAUAGAUGAGAAUAAACUCUGGGUCAAGAUCAUCAUUGAAAAUAAGAGAGGAGGUUUCAGCAAAUUGAUACAGACACUCAACUACUUUGGCAUUGAACUCAUAGACACUCAUCUUACAACCAUAAAAGGAGCAUUUCUCAUUACAAGCUGCAUACAGGGCAAAGAUGGAGAAAGACUUGAAAUUAAUCAAACCAAGAAUUUGUUAAAAGACAUUAUCAAUGACAUGUAG